CUAUUAACGCCGUGAGUUAAAGUUACGGGUAGCAAGGCACAAGAAAAACCCGUAACGGGGAUUUUAGAUAGACGGUGUUGACGGUUCGAAAGAGAAGGCGAUAGGAUCCGUUGGAUUAAUGAUCAACGGUUAGGAAUUAUCGGUGAUGAACCUUUGUGGUGUAACGGAGGGUGUGAGGAGGUAUAAAAAUUGGCUUUGGAAGGGAGAGAGAACAAUUCGUUUUAUCAGAAGAACAAACAGCCUCCCUGUUACUCUGUCUUUGUUUUUUUUUUUUUUAUUUUCUUCUUGUUCUAUGGUAAUUUGCUUCUACUUUCUUCUUUUUUGAGAACCAAACAGAAAAUUCCUAAGAAAAAACUAAAAACUGAUGAUAAUUUGAUGAAUAAAUGUUGAGGAUCUAAAUUCAAAUCCAAGCGAGCGAGACAGAGAGAGAGGAGAGAAGAAUCUGAGGAUUUGUUAGAUAAAACUGAAGAUAUUGGAGGAACGUUUUCGCUGGUUCUAAACUUCUAAUAACUGAGCGUGAAGAUUGCUUUUCUUUUGUUGAAAUUUUAAGAAUCUGCAAGAAAAAGAAGAUGCAUUUCGAAGACUGCAGGGCUUCUUUCUGAGGAAAUUUGGACUAAAUUCAUCUGCAAAUCGGCAGAUCAAUUGCUAACAUAUCAAAAGAUUAGAAUCUUACAUCACAUGAGAGUCGGAAGAAAAGGCUUCGAAUGUCAUUAUUUCGUUGAAAAUCUAAAGUGGGUUUUGUGUUCCUACCAAAGACUAGAAGAAGCAAAGUUGUAAAGGCAGAGCUUGAAUAAUUCAGGUGUGCAGAAAAGGAUGGAAAAGGACUCAUUAAGGACCAAUAACAUUGGUAAUAGCAUCAACUACAGCAGAGACAGAGCCGGAGGCGAUGGGGGAUUGUUAAGAUCCACCUCUGAUCCGGCCAAGCAAACAGCGCCGGCGUCUGAUUUUGUUUUGCAGUGGGGAAACCGGAAGCGUCUCAGGUGUAUGAAGAUCCAGGUCAAAGACGAUCAGUCCGGCCCGGUUAAUCGAACCACGGUUCGAGUCGAUCGCCGGGUCGUGAGGGCCGAUAAGGACUCUUCAAAUCAGCCAAGCAAUAAUAAUAAUAAUCACGGGAAUGGAUAUUUUAACCUCCGUCAGCGGCCUACUUCUCCUCAGCCUCCGCCACCUCAGCGCGUUCUCCGGAACUCUGAGAAUUCCAGUGCUAUGAGAGGCCAAAGCAACGGUGGUUUAAGGGGAUUGGCUUCGCCAGACAGAGGUGCGCACGAUAAGAGAGGUGCCAAUCAUAACAAUAACAACCACCACCACAGCAACAAUGAUAACAACCACCACAACAACAAAUCAGCGGCAUCUUCGGAGACGGCUCAUGAUAGCAAAAAGGGAGGUUCGUCUUCCGGGAGCGGUGAGGCAGAUCCACCUGUCGUCUGGCCACCGAAAUUCGUGAUUGCUUUAACUAAUAAAGAGAAAGAAGAAGAUUUCAUGGCCAUUAAAGGAUCUAAGCUGCCACAAAGACCAAAAAAACGAGCCAAGCUUAUUCAACGUACCCUCAAUGGAAUAGUUGGGGUACAACAUUUAGUGCAGGGGAGAGUACUUACGAGUUACGUCAAAUAAACGAAUAAAUGGCUUGGUUUGCUUUUGUUAUUUUCUUAUGCCCGCUUUACUACGAAAAGAAACAGGAGAAAAGUUAAAACAAAAAGCCAAGGCAGUGGGCGAAGCGAUAGUAAGUGAAACGUAAUAGUAUACGUGUCAAUGAAGGAUCGGACUAGCUCCUAAUUAAGAGAUGACCUGAGUUUGCGGCCCGCUAGAAAGGCUGUGACUGUGACACAGUCACAAUUUAAUUGCCAAGAUAAUGUUGUGCGUUGUGCCUUAUAUACUGCCAUUGGCUUUUGCUGUGCUGUAACUGCGCGAUGCAUGCUGGCCAUCUAGAUUUUCCAAAUAAAAAUAAUAUUAAAAGAAACUAGUUGUAGGUUUUUUUAUUCAUUUAUUUGUUUUCUUUCUCUUUUCUUUUUUUUUUUUUUGGCAGAUAAAAGGCUUUAAAAAGCAGUAUUCUAGUUUUUUUCUUUUAUGCAAAACUUGAAAAAUAAAAAAUACUAAGACAGUUACUGUCCUCCAAUAAAAUAUUUGAAUAAGCAGUAUUCUAUUAAUUUUAAUUUUAUAAAUGAAGAGCAACCGACAAAAGAUGGCACUGUCCGUUGGUCGACCCAUCAUUGUCGGGGCCUAUUCUGCAAUAUGCUAUUAUUGUAGGGUUUCUUUUGUAUAAAUUGCAUUUGUUAAGGUGGUGGUUGAAAUAGUUAGUCUUCCAGCAUGGACCACAUUAGCAAACGCAUAAGAACACGACCAAUUAUUAUUAUUCUUUUCUUAUAUAUUAAUUUAACC